UCUCUCUAUGCAUUCGACAAAUUUACAUGUGCUUUUGUGUUUUCGGGAGUGCUGAUAGUGUUUUCGACUCUAAAAUAAAAGUGUAUUAAACUUUUUGUGUUUCACUUGUUUUUUUAAACUUUGAUCAAAACUAAAAGAUUUAUAUAGAUAGUGAAAAAUGGUUCGAAAUUAUAAGCGUAAAACACAAUCGAAUAUUGACGAAAGCAAGAUGAGAAAGGCAGUUGCAGAUGUCUUAAACGGUGUAGAAACGCCAACGUCUGCAGGUAAAAAAUAUAAUUUAAAACGACAAACCAUCGAAUCCCGAGUAAAGAAACAAGAUCCUUUAGCCGGUCACACGGCUGGAGAUGCUAUUUACCAGUCAAAAUUUACCUUGAGACAAGUUUUUACGAUGAAGGAAGAAAUCGAACUAGUGGACUACAUUAAACAGUGUUGUUAUUAUCAAUAUGGGUUAUCAUAUAAAAGUUUUCAGAAGUUGGCAUACCAAUACGCUGUCGCUAACGGCAAAGACUUUCCUGAAAAAUGGAAUGUUCAAAAAGAAGCUGGGGAGGAUUGGCUAUAUGGUUUUAUGAAACGGAAUUCGAGCCUAACUCUUCGUAAGCCAGAGCGAACUAGUUUAGCAAGACUAAAAGGUUUCUCAAAAAAAGCUGUCGACGAAUUUUAUUUAAACUUAAAAAAACUUUAUGAGGAGUAUUCAUUUCAACCAAAUGAUAUAUACAAUUUGGAUGAAACUGGUAUUACGACCGUCGUUGAUUCGCCAAAGAUAAUUGCAACGAAGGGUCAACGACAAGUUGGGCAAGCUGUUUCAGCUGAGAGAGGCAGUUUGGUCACCCUUGUAGGAAUAAUCAACGCCAGUGGAAAUCGGCUUCCACCAGCUUACGUUUUUCCACGCGUACGAAAUAGUUCCCAAUUUUUAAAUGGAUGUGUUUCGGGGUCUAUCGGGUUAGUCAGUAAAAGUGGUUGGAUGAUGUCGGAAUUGUUUAUAGACGUUCUUAAACACAUUCAAAAUAACACAAAAUGUUCUAAAGAGGGACCGAUUCUUUUGCUUCUCGACAACCAUUCAUCUCACUGCAGCGUUGACUGCAUCAAUUAUUCACGGGAUAAUGGAAUACAUCUAUUGUCGUUUCCCCCUCAUACUUCGCACCAAGUGGACGAAGAUGGUGAGGCGGUCGAUAAAAUUUUAGAUGAGUUGGAUAUGAAUGUUGAAGUAGUGCUUUCAUGCCGGCGUAGAGUUGAGUAUGAAGUCACAAAGUCACCAGUAUGGCGAAAUGAAAUCUUGAAUAAAUUCGACGAAAACCCGUUCCGCCAAAUGCUUCGACCGCAAGUGGGAGUGGUUGCUGCGAAACUGUUGGAGGUGGAACUCCUGGCAGCGAGGCUAUUUAUUGGCGGACAUAUUGUUGGUGGGGAAAUUAUUUGCGGUGGCGAGGCUAUUUGCGGUGAUAUUGCUGUUGGGGAGAUUAUUUGCGGUGGAAAUGCUGGUGGCGAGGCUAUUGGCGGUGAAAUUGCUGGUGGAAAAACUAUUGGCGGUGAAUAUACUGGUGGGGAAAUUGUUGAAAGCUGUGGCGCGAUAAGCAGCAAGUCAUUGCCCGUGUCGACAGCGCAGAAAUUAUUUUGCGCAUUCGAUUUAGCUUCGAAUUUUGUUUAG